CGGUGCCUAUCAGUUAGUAGCUGGAAUCGCAGCCAGCAGGGGCCUUAUUCGGUCUAGGAGUUCUGCCAAGGAAGUCAAGGAUCAAAAGGACUCGCCACAAUGGUGAUCGAGGAGUGGAAGAAAAGUGGCAUUGCCACCAAGUUUCCCACCUAUCGCAAUUCGCCUUUGAUUACCACACACAGCUGGCAGAAGGGCAAACGGGAGGACGAUCGAGCCGAAGGACUCUGGCGCAUCUACGAUGGAAUCUAUGACUUCACCGAGUUCAUUGACAAACAUCCUGGCGGUUCUUUCUGGAUUCGGGAGACCAAGGGAACGGAUAUUACGGAGGCCUUUGAGGCACAUCAUCUUAACGCAGGUCCUGAGAAGAUGAUUGCCAAGUACAGGGUUAAGGAUGCGGACGAGCCAAGGAUCUACACCUUGACCCUCGAGGAGGAUGGAUUCUACAAGACCCUCAAGAAGCGAGUGCGCGAGAAACUAAGAACUGUCGACAAGAGCCCCAAGAAAAAAAGUGAUCUGAUCCAUUACGGACUGAUUGCGUCGCUUUACAUCUUUGGCAUUGCCAGUGCCAAGUACAAUAGCCUUUUGGCCUUGGUCGUGGCGGGUGUGGCCCUCUGCUGGACGGUGAUUGUGUCCCACAACUACUUCCAUCGUCGGGACAACUGGCAGAUGUACGCCUUCAAUCUGGGUAUGAUGAACUUCGCCGCGUGGCGGGUGUCCCAUGCCCUGUCCCACCACAUCUACCCGAAUUCGUACUUCGAUCUGGAGCUCUCGAUGUUCGAGCCGCUGCUGUGCUGGGUACCAAAUCCGCACAUCAAGAGCAAGCUGAUGCGCUAUGUGUCGUGGGUCACGGAACCGGUAGCCUAUGCCCUCGCCUUCUUUAUACAGAUUGGCACUCGUAUUUUCUACUCGCUGCGCCACACGAACAUCCUCUACUGGCACGAUCUUCUGCCACUCACUAUUCCAGUCGCCAUUUACCUGGGAACUGGGGGAUCGCUCGGUGUUUGGAUUUGCAUCCGCCAGUGGCUCGCGAUGACGUCGAUUGCCAGCUUCAGUUUCUGUGUGAUCGGCUUGAAUGCCGCUCAUCACGAUCCGGAAAUCUACCACGAGGGCGAUACGAAUCGCGAGGAUCGCGAUUGGGGUCUCUUCCAGGUGGACACAAUCAUUGACCGCGGCGAUCUCAAGUGGUCCCAGUUCCUGGUGCUCACCCACUUUGGCGAUCAUGUGCUCCACCAUCUCUUCCCGACUUUGGAUCAUGGACUCCUUCCCGCUCUCUAUCCGGUGUUGUAUGAGACAUUGGACGAGUUCAAGGGUCAUCUCCGUGAAUGCAAUCACAUCGAGCACAUGAUCGGCCAGCACAAGCAACUACUGCGCACCGAACCCAAUCCAAGGGCUCCUGGUGCCGGGAAAUAGGUUUAGUUUUUCUAAGUAAAUAAAUGUAUCCUUAUAAUUUUAUUUGUACACAUA